AUGUCGAGGAAAGGAGUGGAGGCUGCCGGCGUGAGGGUGACAGUCAUCGAGACGAAGUUUGUGAAGACGGAUGCCGCCCAUUUCAAGUCGGUCGUGCAAAGCCUCACCGGGAAGGAGUCGACGGUGACUGCCGUGGUGCCGGAGAGGCCGCGUGCCAUUAGAGGGACGGCAAAAUUGGUGGAGGAGAUUAAUUGCGGAUGGCGAGGAGGACGGCAAGAGGAAUUAGCGCAGGAGACGAUGGUGGUGGACAAGUUUGAGGAAAUGGUGGCUGUGGAGCCUUGCCUAGAAGAAUUGUAUCAGUUGUGGACUUACUGA